CUGAUCUCUCCCAGCAGCUGUGCCGGGCGUGCAGCCUUGGGGUUCGCCGCUGCUGCUCCCGCUGCUGGUUUGAUCCGAGGGCCGAGGAAGCGGGAGAAAGGACGACGAGUGGCUGACGAUGAGGCACGAAGCUCCAGUGCAGAUGGCAUCUGCUCAGGACUCCAAGUAUGGCCAGAAGGACACAUCCGAUCAGAAUUUUGAUUACAUGUUCAAGCUGCUCAUCAUUGGCAACAGCAGUGUUGGGAAGACCUCCUUCUUGUUCCGUUAUGCUGAUGAUUCUUUUACAUCAGCUUUCGUAAGCACCGUCGGGAUUGAUUUCAAAGUAAAAACGGUUUUCAAAAAUGAAAAAAGAAUUAAGCUACAGAUCUGGGACACAGCGGGGCAGGAGAGAUAUAGGACAAUUACUACAGCCUACUAUCGGGGUGCAAUGGGCUUCAUAUUAAUGUAUGACAUCACCAAUGAAGAAUCCUUCAAUGCUGUGCAAGACUGGUCAACCCAAAUAAAAACCUACUCUUGGGAUAAUGCCCAGGUUAUUUUGGUCGGUAAUAAAUGUGACAUGGAAGAAGAACGGGUAGUUUCCAUGGAAAGAGGGAAACAUUUAGCGGAACAACUUGGUUUUGAAUUCUUCGAAACAAGCGCCAAGGAUAACAUCAAUGUCAAGCAGACAUUCGAGCGGCUUGUGGAUAUCAUCUGUGACAAAAUGUCAGAAAGUCUGGAGACAGAUCCUGCCAUUGCUGCUGGUAAACAGAAUACAAGACUAAGGGACACCCCUCCUCCACAGCAACCCAAUUGCGGCUGUUAAUAGAGUCAUCGUCGACAGAGGCAGCUCCAGUGUGUUCUUUUGCCAAUAGAGUAUUUACAUAUAGGGUCUUUAUGCCUUUAUUUAUAAUGUCUUACCAGUUCGUUGGGAGGGAUCUGUCUUAUUUAGCGUCCACUGCUGGUACAGUAUGUGCAUAGAGCUGUUUUGUGGAAACUGAUCACAAAUGUUUCAGGAAAGGACUGCCCUCCAGGUUCUCAGCAUCUGGCCUCUGCACGUAGAUGGCUGUUAGUCUUUUCUCUUAAUGUUUGCCCUUUCCUUGACGUAUAUCUAUUACUGUUACUUCAGCUGGUUCUGUGACCUCAGUCCCCAGUUUUGUCUAGAUGCUACUCUUCUUUCACCUGUUUCUGGUUACACUAUUUUGCCACUCUAGGGUGAUGAUCUAGAAGUUCAGAAGUAGGAUUCCCAUUGUCCAGAUCAAAGUUAACAUAUUGCAAGAGGCUAGAAAUCUCAUCACACAGGGACAGCUGUACCUUCCAAAUAUGUCACCAGAAUCUACAUUCUCCAGAGAACCUCAGUGAUGCAAGAUAACUUUACAACAGUGGUGCCCAGUACCAUGUUUGUGGGUACUAUGGUGUCUCCCAAGGUAUGUUCUGGUGCCCUCUUGCUUCUUUCUUGAAGCACUUCUCCCUCAAAGCAAAUAGCCAAACUUGGCUUUUCUCCACCUCACUGGAGGAGGUGCU